UUCAAACUGGAUACCCCGUCCCACGACCCCUCCUCCCAACGCUUCCCUGCCCUCCAACGGACUCAAUUCACGACGCCUGGAGGUGGAGAUUGAGAGGGAUUUGCCCCCGACGGGGGAGGGAAAAAAGUUUACCCCUUUUGGUUUUGAAACUGCCGUUAAAGCAGAGAGAAAAGGAAGAAAGCGGUGUAGCGCCUAAGUGGGGAACAGAACCUCCACUUCCACGGCUAGCUAACCUUCACGAAGUAGUUCGACUUCCACUCUUUUGCACCAUUUUUUGUUAACUUGUUGGCAUAGUUGCCUUUCCUUAAAAAGUAGUCGAGGUAACAAAAAAAAAAGUUAUAGAACCGGUUUUGUCUUGGUUUCCUACCACCGCUUUUGUUUGUGAAUGGUGGAGUCAUUUACCCGCUGACAGCACCAAUUGGUCCGAAGAAGUGAACCUUCCAACGGGCUCGCUCCUAGCAACAAAACACCUCAGAUGGACCUGAGAUAACCUCACCCUAGCCAGUCUUUGUCCCGAUCUUAUUCCGGACCCAAACCCUCGGCAGCAUGGCAGAUCUCAGCGGGCUGAGCACUGAGUCGGCAGAGGCCGGCGGGGCCGAGGUUGACGCCUGUAAGUUGGAGAUCGAGAGGAAGUAUGACAUCAUCCCCGCUGUCAUCUGCUCCAUGUGUUGCCUCUUUGGCAUCAUCUACUGCUUCUUCGGGUAUCGCUGUUUCAAGGCGGUCAUGUUCCUGUCUGGGCUGAUGUUCGGCUCCGUCAUCAUCUUCCUGCUGUGCCACAAGGAGCACGUGCUGGACAUGCAGCUCAGCGUGGAGGCCAGCGCAGGCAUCGGCCUCGGCAUCGGCCUGCUCUGCGGCCUGGUGACCAUGCUGGUACGCAGCGUGGGCCUCUUCAUGACGGGCCUCCUGCUGGGCCUCCUCCUGGCUCUGGCUGCCCUGCUGGUCACUGAGCAGUUCUACAUGCCCACCACCGUGUGGGUGCCCUUGGGGGCGCUGCUGGGAUCGGGCAUGCUGUUCGCUGUGCUGACGCUGCAGUGGCAGAAGCUCUUCACCGUCAUCUCCACGGCGGUGUUUGGCGCCGCCAUCAUGACGGUGUGCGCCGACUACUUUGUGGAGAUGCUCGCUUUGGCGCUGCAUGUGUACGAGUGUUUGCGCCUCACUCCUGGACCGUCUCUCUGCUGGUACAGCUGGGUCAUUCUGGGCAUCUGGCCUGCCCUGAGCCUCAUCGGAGUCCUGGUGCAGUGGAAACUCACAGACAACAGCUUCUCUCACACCGAGGUUGUUUUGAGUCGACGUCAGAAGAGAGUGCAGCUGAUGCGCAUUAGAGAGAAGGACGCCAAGAAGCGACAGCAGGCAGGUGGGCAGGAAGGCACGUACCGCCGUAAACCCACCCCAGUGAAACGUUACGCUGGGGACCUUCUGGCACCGAGCUACCUACAAAGUCUCCGGGACAGACAAAUGGGCACCGGCACUUCCCUUAGCAGCCAAAGCACGGCCAACCAGACCAUGAUCGACUUGGACUGCGACACCAGCUCCACUGUACCCCUCACAGCUACAACGCCCGUCAUCAGGGUCUGAGCGUCAUUAAAACAAAAAGGGACGAUUCUGGUUCUGCAGUAAUCAUCAUGAAGAACAUGUGAGCCACUUCAUGCAAUGUGUGUUGUUUUGUUUUGUGGUUAUGAAAGAGAGAUGCUGCUUUUUACUGGGAAAAAUGAACAUUGAACCACUAGAAAGACACUAGGUCACAAGGCACAAAGUCGUCCAUUUCCUCCGCUCAUCUUGUCCAAACGUAACAGAGCCUGGCGUGUAGAAGCUGACAUGUACUGUACUUCAAAGUUAGCCACAUUACCAUUAAGUGUUGCGUUAUUACAGUGUGUCAUUUUAAGUUUACCAGGACAUGCAAAUGUUAGAGUGAAAUAUGACAUGUCAACAUGAAACCUGUUAAAUCACAAUCAGUCUUUUUUUUAACAGCACUCCGAUUCUGUGAAGUCUUAAAUAUAUGUGUGUGUGUGUCUUAUAAUUUAUUUGUCAUACAUCCAAGUAGUGAUGGGAAAAUUCGGUAGCCGUUAUGCAUGUUGUUUGACUUUUUCCAGGACAAUUGGACUUCUUAGCUGACUGUAAAUACCUGUUGAUAGAAUUUAAUUAAAUACAUGCGUUUGAUA